AUGGUACCAUUGGUCACAAUCGUCGCAAUAGAUCCCACUCUGGCUCCAGAGCAAGAACCGUCAUUCAGAGUUUAUGUUGGCAACUUGAAGCCAAAUUGUCCGGAAGACACUUUACGCUUCCUUUUCGAGGAGCACGGUGUUGAGGUCGGACACAUUUUGGUGAAGAGAAGUUACGCCUUCGUUGAUUGCGAGGAUCAGGCUAACGUUGACAAAGCCAUUGAUAAAUUAAACGGUCACCAGUUUCCUUGGUCAGAUAUGAUGCAAGUAGAGCCAUCUGUUGGGCGAAGGAGGCGCUCAAACAAAGUUCAGAUCCGCAACUUUCCUAGUCAUAUUGGUGCUGAAGAAAUCCAAGAGCUUGUGCGUACAUAUGGACCUGUCCAGAAGUGCGAAUUAGUUGGUGCAGAGGGUUUGGUGUAUGUGACAUUUGAUAAUCCAGAAGCUGCUCAAAUGGCUGUGACGAGCUUAAAUGGCAUAGACUUUCAGGGAUCAUCAAUUAAAGUUGAUUUUGCAAGUAAUAAGACUGUGCGUAGACCAAGGCCAAACUAUGGUGGCCCAGUUGCAGAUAGAGGCAUGAUGGAGAGGGGGUCAGGCCCACAGGGCGGUCAGGGCAACCGGGCACAAGAGCUCCCUCUUAGAAUUGUGGUUGGCAGUGAAUUUAUUGGUGCUAUCAUUGGAAGACAAGGCCAGACUAUACAUAACAUAACCACACAGAGUAGAGCAAGGGUCGACAUUCAUAGAUCUGAAAUGGCAAUGUCACCAGAAACAGUUAUCACCAUCAAAGGCAGUCCAGAAAGCAGCUUGAAUGCUUGUAUAGAAAUCAUGAAAAUUGUCCAGGCUGAAGCACAGUCCCUUGUCAAAGGAAAAGGACCACAAGAUCAACUAGGAAAUGACAGAGAUCACCCUAUGAAGAUACUUUGUCCAAACAACAUCUGUGGAAGAAUCAUAGGAAAAGGGGGCUCAGUUAUCAAGAAUUUCAUGGAACAAUCGGGAACACACAUUGUUGUCUCAAGUGCCCAAGAUGCUACAUAUUUCACAGACCGAGUUGUCACAAUAACUGGUCCUCUGGAAAGUUGCAAAAAAGGGGGAGAACUGCUCUUCGAAAAAAUGAGAAAAUGUGCUGAACUUGAUCAACAGAACUAUCAGCAGAAUAUGGGUGUAUAUGGUGGAAUGGGUCCUGGAGGUCCCAUGGGUCCAAUGUUCGGAGGCGGUCGUGGAGGCCCUUACCAACAAGGACCUUAUCAGAUGCAGGGUGGUCCAGGGAUGUAUCAAGGUGGACCAGGAUUGUACGGGGCAGCCCCACCACAACCCCCUCAGCAGCUGGAGGUCACAUACCUGUAUAUACCUGAAUCAACAGUUGGUGCAGUCAUAGGAACAAAAGGGGUCAACAUUAAAAAUAUCAUGAGAUUAUCAAAUGCUAGAAUAAAGAUACUAGAUCAAAAUCAGGGCGGGGACAAUAAUGAAAAACAAGGACGAGGACCUCACAGAAGUGAAGAACAACGUAAAGUCAUCAUUACUGGUAAUGCUGAGGCACAAUGGAAGGCUCAAUUUUACAUCGCCGAGAAGAUCAAAACAGAAACUAUGGUUCCAAAUUUAGAAGAUUUCCACUUUAGGGCAGAAAUCCUGGUGCCUAAACCAAUGAUUGGCAGAAUUAUUGGAAAAGGAGGACAGCAUGUAAAAGAGAUGCAGCGAGUUACACAAGCCAUAGUGAAAACUCCAGACACUAAGUCAUUCCCAGAUAACGAGGAAGUCCCUGUAUCUAUAUAUGGACAUUUUUAUGCCAGUCAGUCAGCACAGAGACGUAUUCGUGCCUUGCUCAGCCAAGCAAUGCAGGGCCCUCCAAUGCAGGAAAGACCACCAAAUCAACGCCGACCAAUGAACGGGAACUAGGAUCUGAUGUGUCGUACCACAUUUUACCAAGUCAUGCUUUAAUGAGAUUUGAGAAACUCUUUUGAAACAGAACGUGACUUUUUACAAGCUUCUUUUUCAAAGGAUUUUCCUGUAUUGUUGAAUGAUUGAUGAAGGCAUCUAUAUCGGGUUUUAUGAUGAAGACUGGAGGCCCCGGACAAGUGUAUUUAUGAUGGAUGUUAAGAAAAAGAACAAAGGGAUGGUCAUUAUUGAUAUGUUCAGAUCAUGGCCAGUUUGUGAGAAUUUAUUUUUGAUACUUGUUGAUUACUAUUUUGUUAUUUUUACAAAAAAAAAUGAGGGUACUGUUUUUAGGCCCUUCCGUUACGAGUAAACUGCCAUAUAUUUAUUUUCUUGUCAGUAUUCUGGGUACUUGUACCUGGCAUUUUCUGGUAGAGCGGCAUUCAACUGGCAUACAAUCACUAUAAUACAAUUUCAGUGUCGAAAAAUUUAGAAGGCACUUCUGUUGUACACUCAGAAAUACAUUUAAGACCAAAAAAAUGUUUUCACACCCUCUGUACUAUCAGAUUUUAUUCUUUGUUCUUGUCAGAAUAUUGUAUCAACAUAUAAAAAGAUAAUAGAUGAAUGGAUGAAUUUAAUAUUAUGAAAUACACAGAUUGAAGGAAAAAAUCCUGUAGUUUCCAGAAUAGAAUUGUCUAUUCAGUCCACUGAUUAUAUAUACUGAUGUUUUAACAGGAAAUUCCAGGAUUUUGUUUCAAAACAUAUGGAAGUUACAGGGCGGAAUAUUGUCUCUUGUAACAUGACUCGUAUGACAUUGAUAAAUGAGGUCCAUUUUACGGUAUCAAGACUUUUCACCUCCUAGAUGUUUCUCCCCUAGACUUUUCACCUCCUGGUUGUUUCACCUCCUGUUAAUUAUAUUGAUUAAGCAGGUGUUAAGUGUUCCAAUAAGUAAGUAAAAAGUAAUCCAUUACUUACUGACUCGUAUUAGUGUAGUAAUUGGAAAAACACAAUAAUACGGAAGAUGAGGACUGGCUGGACAAUGUGCCACUUGAAAUUAAAGAUUUACUAGAACCAGAGGCAGGGUUCGCACAGGCCUUGAAAAGUCCUUGAAUUCGAUGGUAGUCCUUGAAAACUCCUUGAAAAUGACAAAAACCCUAAAAAACCUGGAAAAGUACUUGAAUUUUGAAAAAAACUCCUUGAAUUUGACCUUUCACUCCUUGAAAAUAUUCUUUCCGUAACUUUGCUUUGCAAAAAGAAUUUAAGGCUUAAAAUAAAUCGGAGAAAAUGAAAAUAAAUUCGUGAAAUUGCAGGAUUGGGUCACUCGUAUGCUAUUAUAGUGGUCUACGGCCACACUUUAUCGAUAUUUACAGAGUGCUAUUUCUACUAUAUCACCGUUUGCAUGUUUCCGUUUCCGUUUAAAAAAGUACGGGGAAUAAUAACUCGCAAUUUUUAGCUAUUUGUGAGUGUUUCCAGUGAAUUAAAAUGAGUAAGAAAAAUAAACGUGUUUACUCAAGUAAGCGGGAGACAAAAGACGAAUAUAAACAGUGGCUGAAGCCCUAUAGAGCAGACAGAACGAAGUGUAUUUGUACGUCGUGUGACAAAAUUUUGAGGUAUCAUUACAGUAGUAGGAGUGCGCUAAAAAAUCACAAGAAAAGCGAUAAACCUCAGCAAAAUAGUGAAUCACAUCAAUCUAAUAAUCGAAUUAUGUCAUUUCAAAGGUGUGACAAGUGAUGGUUGUUUUAUUUUUGCAUUACAUAAAAAAAGUUGUUCAGAUUAGGUCGUGGUUUUGAAAAAAAAUAGUGCUUGAAAAAUUGUAAAAAGUCCUUGAAAAGUACUUGAAUUUUGUCUCUGAUAUUCUGUAUGAACCAUGAGAGGACACUGAGGAACUGUUGUGCUUCAGGAAGAGAGGUAGAGGAAGCAUUGAGCACUGCUUCGUACCACGACUACCGCUGCAGGCAGUGAUUCAGAGGAUGAAGCUCUUAGACAAGUCAACAAGCUCUGGGAAACAGCAUGGGAGUUGAAGUAGAGCAAGGGUUUUACAGGAUAGAGCGAAAUCUAAUGGACCUCAUAUGUUACACCAGAAAAAAGCCGGAGAAAGUGGCACUAGUAGUUCAAAGGGAAAUAACUGAAGAUGCUCCAGUUGUAGAGUCCUAAAUAGAAAGAAACAAGGAUAUGUACAAUCAUCACUGGAAGCAGAACGGUUUUCCUAGUCUUUGGAUGGAGCAAACUGUGGAGGGCUCUCCAAAAAAGAAGAGCAAACCUAUAACCAGUGACUAAUCUGAGUAAAGAAUCCAGUGAUGCAAAAGGGACAGUAAAAGUUAAAGAAAUGGAAUGUCCUAGAGCUGACUCACCUGCACUAUGUAUUUCUUUGGUGCAGGAACCAGAUGUUGAAACAGAAAUUGUAGAACCAAAAACUGUCCAGAAAAAAAUUGUAUUUACCAAAGCAAAUCAAAAACUUACCAGUCAGGACCUAAGAUUCUAAGUUUAGACAAUGUCCCAGUUUAUCAAAGAUAUGCAAUCACUUCAACUUUAAUCAAUCAUACUAUUCAUAUUUAUAUGGGGGGUGAAACAACUAGGGUUUUUGGAGGUGAAACGACUGGUGUUCCAUUUUACAACCCAUGAGAUAGAAGUAUGUCUGGUACAUUACAAUAGUAAAAGUAUUUUUUGUCAACUACGUAGCUAGUUUAACUGUAAUAAUAUAUAUAUAUAUAAAGAAUCUGAUACAGCUGUUUUGCACCAAGGCAACAAAAUAUAAAUAGGAGUACAGCCCCCCCUUUUCUUGUGAAACGGACCUCAUCUUGAUUUAUAAAUUUGUGUUAAGCCUUCCGUACUUUACAAACCUGAUAUGAUGUAGAAUAACCAUGUUCAGUAUGUAUACAAAUGAUGCCUGUCAAUUAGUCCUGGGUUUUAUUGUCUGUUGACCUUGUAAUGACACAACUGUGCUUGUAAUUUUCAUUCACUUUGAAUUCUAUGUCUGGGUUCAUUGGAGUGAUCAAAACUUAAAUGAGCCGUGCCAUGACAAAACCAACAUAGUGGCUUUGCGACCAGCAUGGAUCCAGACCAGACUGCGCAGAUGCGCAGGCUGGUCUGGAUCCAUGCUGGUCGCAAAGCCACUAUGUUGGUUUUCCCAUGGCACGGCUCAAAUGAGGUUUUUUAUUAUAGAUAAAUGAGGUAUCUUUAUUAGAGAUCAUUAGGUUUUAAUACAUUUGGGAGUGAAAUUUUUGCUUAUUACUACAUAUAUAUAUAUAUGUGUAAAGAGGUACUGAUUCAAGUUGUUUCCAUUUGUUUAAUGUUGCUGUUACCUGGAUUAAUGGUGUAAAAGGAUAUUCAAUGAUUUUGCUUAAUUUUUUAGUGUCCAGUUGUACCACAUCACAUACAUCUUACUUCUUGGAUCAGACUGAAUUGGUUGGGAAAACAACUGCUUUUUCCUAUUUUGUGAAACUUGAAUUGAAAAUGUAUUUGAUAAUUCCAUUUGUUUUAUCUUUGACUGUUUUAUCUAUAAUUUGGGUAAGAAUGUAGGCUUGUAAAAUUUCACUCUCGAUGUUAAAUACCUGAACUGUGGAGAAACACUUCUCUAAGUGUGUUUUCAUUAUUUACUGUACAAUCCAUGUGGUCAAAAAGUCGACCGGUUUGUAUUGUCCAGUUUGGGUUGGUACAUUAUGUAAUGAGGACUACUUGAACCGAGAUUUAAAACAACUCUUGACUUGUGUUGUUUCUCACAAAGUUUUAUUUCUGUAGAUAAAGCGAGGGUCAGUUGUGAAGCUAUGGUAUAUGUGUACAAUAGUUUUUCAACUGACCCUCGAAAUGUAAAUUAAGAUUAGUUCAAUAUUGUUCAUGGAUAGUGUUUGGUGAUUUUCUUUUUAUUACAGAUUUUUGCAUCUUUUCAUAAAGAUUUAAUGCUCCAUUAUUUUAUCUUAAAAUGUUUUGGAGAAUAAUUUGUAUCUGUUUAACAAAACCCCUGAAUUUUCUCCUUUGUAAUUUCGACUACAUGUAUUCAUCAAAACUUCUAAUUUAAACACAAUGUAUCGGAAAAUUCUUGUCUGGAAACAUUUGUCCAUUUCAUUUUUAAAAAAAUCUUAGUCUGGAAAUAAAAGCUGUUUAUAUAAGUUAUGAUACAGAAAAACAAUUUACAUAGUUUUGGGCAUUACUUUUCCUAGAAAUUUCAUGAAAUGGCUGUCUUUCAGAACAUUUUUCUGGAAAAUUUAUAAUGAGUUCAUACUUGUUAAUAUUUUUGAAUUGGUUAGGAAAUGGCAACAAAGGUUAUUCUGCAGGUCCACAAUAAAAAUGUUUCAAAUGUAAUUUUAGUGCAUAUAGAGAGCAUUGAUAUUUCUUGAUGUGCUGGAAAGUAAAUUUUUGCAGUAUUGUACCAAGUUGGACCUUCGGAGGGAAUAUGUGUAUUAUGCAGCUAUUGGCUGUAAAAUAUUCCCAGGAUGCGUCGAACUGCAAACUGUGAAAUAAUUGAUGAACCUAACAAUUUAGAAAAUAAAUGUUACGCAACAAAGUUACUUCAGAGCCAGGUUAUCCAGUGAAAUGUUCUCAAAGAUGGCAAUUUAUUGUACAUAUAAACUACAUUUUACAAAGAGUAUAAAAGCAAGGUUUCUACUUUAACAGCAGCAUAAUCAGUAUUCAAACAGAACUUAAGCAUUUGUUUAGAAGGGAAUUUUGGCCCCAAGGUUAUGAAACUUAAGUUUUGAAGACCAUGGUGGAAAAUCCAGCUUCUGGUGGUUAUUUUUGAGCAUGAGUUGUCAAAACUGAUCGAUUGGAAGGCUGCAUUCUGAGGCUGGUUCUGAAACUUGGUUCAUUUUCCCCUUCAUUGUAAUGAUUUUUAAACAUCUUACCUAGUAAUGGUAAAUAGUAAAAAGAAUUGUUUGAGACACCAUAGAAGUAGCAGUCGUUUAGAAAAUGGGAUAGAUCACCACAGCUUUAUCUGAUUUAAAAAGAAAACAGCUUUAAAACCUGUAUUGAAAUGUUCUUUGAACUUGCUAUAUAAACCAGCUGUUCACUUCUAUACCAAAAAAAAUGGCUGCAUUCAUUAAAGUAAUAUGGAUAUGACUGCUUAGAUUUUUAUGCUUUUGUUGAUGAAGAAAUGUUGUCUGCAAAAUUCUUGCUACAGAAGUUUUCAUAGCAUAUCAACAUGUUUAUAUUGCUAUUCUUUGAAAAAAUCAGUUGCAAGUACCAAAAAAAAAUCUUGAUGUUAAAUUUAUAUACUGUUUUAAAUAGUCUUGUAUUCUAAAUAAUCACAAUGAUUAUGUAGGAUAUGAAACUGUUGCAAAUUAUUUUAAUUGUAAAAAAGUCAGUACAAAACACAGGUUGGAUUAACACGCUAAGUAGUCAAUUCGUUCAUCGGAACAGAUGUAUGGUGUGUAAGGAUGAGCUGUCUGAGAGCAGAAGUUUCAGAGUGUUGAACAGAACUCUGAAGUUGUGCCCGCACACAUCAAUUUUUGCUUCCAAUUUCAAAGGGUUGGACAGUGGGUUGCAGAUAAAAGUUUUCUUGACUUCCAUAAGUAAGUCGCUGUCUUGCUGGUCUGAAAAAUGAAAGUUCUGUUUCGGCUUGUGUUUUGUACUAUUUUCUUGUAUGUCUCUCUCUUAUGGAAGCUUUGGAAGAUGAAAUGCAGUAGGGAAACUGAUUUUUUCUUUCCAAGGUUUUCAUGAAAAUAAGAACAGAAAAAGAGAUCUUUCUGAACAUUGCUUGCAUACUUUUAAGAGACAGUUUUAUAGUUAAUGGUCACUAAAAUACAAAUUUGAAAUGCAAGUAAGAACAUAUGUAAUAGAUUUUACAUACUGUCCUGCAGACCUGAAAAAUGUGAAGUUUGAAGUUAAAUUCUCUAAAACAUAUUUGUGUUCUUACUAUCAGCAUGAUAGAUUUACAAAUAAUGUGGUUUAGACCAUUACGUAAAAAAAUAUGGAAAAAGUGUUAAAAUUGCUAAUCAUGUACUCCUUUUAAACAAUGUGGUGACAAUUUUGUACCCCAUGUUAUCUAUAAUUCUGUAAUCUAGACUAGUAUACCAUUACAAAUUAAAGAUGUAUACACUGACCAGCCAUAUUAAAUCAUUUGGUGAAAAUCCGGUUCUGAGCUGGACAGCAAAUGUAAAGGCUGUAUAUUCCUACAUUUGCCCCGUAAGAAGACUGUUGGAGUAAAAGGAAUAUAUUUGCUAAAUUUUUUGAUUCCAUUUAGACCCAAUUGGUUGAUUCUUUAGAUGUUUUACCAUUUUAAGUGUUAGGAGUUUAGUACUUUUUGCUUCUGUUUGCAUUUAUUUGACAUAUAGUUUAUGCCAGGUUGGCAGAACAGUAACUAGAGUACUUGUGCUUUUGUAACUGACCUACUGUUUGCAGUUGAGAUAAUUAUUGUUUGAUAUCUGCUUUAUUUAGAUUGCAUAAAAUUGUAUUCGUGUUUUCAGGUAUUAAUCGAAGUAUGGUAACAAGUAUUUAUCUCGAGACUUUAGAAACAGUUACGUAAAAUGAUACUCAGUAAAGUACAUAAUUUCUAAGUUUUUAGUUUAUCAUUCUUAAAAGGUGAAGAACAAGUGGAUGACUUCGUCAAAUUUUUGAAUAAUUCUGUUACUAGUUGUGUUACACAAAGUUCUUUUUUUAAAUAGGAUAUAUUAGUGUCUCGUAUCAUGCUGUUUAUGCUAAAACACGUGCAAGCAGUUCUGUAAACCUGGUUCUUGACAGGAUGGGGUUAAAUCAGUAACCACAGUUUACUUGGCUUGCAUGUGUAACCGCAAACUUAGUAACUAGAGCUGUAUGUAUACAUAGUGACUUGUGAUUUAAACUGGCUGUGUUUGCUCUAAUAAAUGCGCCAUCUUGAAGGAAGGCAUUUAAACGCCUCGGAGACCUAGAACAGGUUGUCUGUUUUUGACUCGCUGGCGUAAUUCUGUAGAAAGCUAUUAUUUUAAAAGCUCUCUGCUUUUCUAGCUCGAUGCCAUGCCUUAAUUUUAGGUGGGGUUUAUUAGAGUAAAUAAUAUCUGUCCUCUUACUAGGACAUGUUGUACUACACAAACAGUCACUGCAGAUGAGAGAUUGACCUGUGUAAUGAGAGGAUGGAUCUACCACACCUUAUUUACUGCAGUCUGAGUUACACAGCAUUUUAGAUGUUGUACUUAAGCUGUUACAUAUUUCAGUUAUAUAUUUUCUUGGUUGAUAUGAGCUGUGGGUUUUUCUUAAUUUCAGACUUGAUCACAGCAUGAAAUAUGACUUUACAAGAUUCGAUACUCUGUUUAAACAAAUUCAGCCACUGUAAAGUGAGUAAUUUCAUAUUCAGACAUAUAAAAUUGAUGUUUGUAAUCGACCGAUUAUUUCAAAGCCAAUACCUUAUUUUAUUUUUAGGACUCGUAUGUAUCAAACAUGUUUUGGUUUGGUCUGAAUUUGAAAAUAUGAGCAAUUUUAGGGACUGUAUGUCUAUAUUCAAAAUUCAAGAAAUCGCAACUUUGCUUUGUUCAGCAACAAAAAUCAAUAUGUACUUUGUUGAUUCCAAAACACAAGGCAGUUAGAAAAACAUAAAUAUGAAUAGCCUUAUUUAAUACCAUGAGAUAUACAGCUCCUGAAGAAAAAAAACAUUCUUCAGAAAUGCAAGAAAGGUUGGAAGAUACAAUUUUGCUUUGAAUUUCCUCAAGUAAAAGUAAACAUAGCGAGUUCCAGUGUUCAUUUGUAAAGUUGUUUAGUAACUUUAUGCUGUAACAUAGAUAUGGUACUGUGUUCACUUUGGUUAUAAUUUGAGUAAUGUUUAAACACACAGAUAGACUUAAGAAUCUGGAUAUUAUUACAAUGUUGGAAUGAUUUGUUGAUCUUGAAUAUUGCUUAAGCAGUAAUUUCAGUGUUCAUACAUACAACUGGAUGAAUUUGCAAAUAACUCUGUAUGCACUUUGUAUCUUUUUUGCAUUGCCUAUCAGUAUCUAAUGUUAAAUAUGACAGUUGUCCUCGGUCUAGAUCAGCAGUUGUCUGCAGAUUUACAACUGAGGGAUUUACAACAUAGGGCAUUCUUUUUUACAGUAUAUUGUUUGUGAAAUCAGAGUCAUUUGUUUAUGAAACAAGUGCAUUUCGAAGUGUAAUAUUAUAACAAGUGUUCACGGUAUUCAAAUGCCAGCUCCUAUUCUACCAGGAAUAAAAAAAAUACUAAAAAUA